AUGGUUAAAAUAGAGCCCUUUGCCGUCGAGCAAUGGAUGGACGACUACGAAACAACGGCAACCUACAACCUAGCAGAAACAUGCUGCGCAUCCAUCUCCCUCACCGAUCUACAGAACCUCUCCGAGCAGCCAUCAAGCUCUGAAAACUCGCAGUCCAUCGUUUCCCUAUUCUCCAACAACACAAAGCUGACUUACGGCGCAAUUCGCGGCUCCGAAGCCCUGCGUGGCCACCUCUCACGCCUCUACUCCGUCAAGACACCCACCGUCCUACCGCCGGACAACGUCCUAAUCACUUCUGGCGCAAUUCAGGGCAAUUUUUUGCUACACUAUGCGUUGGUACAGCCGGGGGAUCAUGUCAUUGUGCAUUAUCCGACGUAUCAGCAAUUGUACUCUGUGUCGGAGAUUAUAGGAGCAGAGGUCAGCCUGUGGAAGGCGAAGGAGUCGGAGAGUGAUGAGAAUGGGUGGGUAUUGGAUACGGAGGAGUUGAAAGGGUUGAUAAGGCCUAAUACGAGGAUGAUUGUUUUGAAUAACCCGCAAAAUCCAACCGGCGCAUUAAUACCCAAAUCCAAAUUACAAGAGAUCGUGGAUAUUGCCAAAGGGCAGUCGAUAAUCAUUCAUGCCGACGAAGUCUACCGCCCUAUAUUUCACGGCAUAUCACCACUCGACAACGAGUUCCCUCCUUCUUUAUUAUCGUUGGGCUACGAGAAUGUCGUCGUGACAGGCUCAAUGUCAAAAGCGUACAGUCUAGCCGGUAUUCGGGUAGGCUGGAUCGCCGCACGCAACAAAGAGAUCAUCGACAAAUGUAUGGUCUGCAGAGACUACACGACUAUAUCAGUCAGUCAGAUCGACGACGCUGUUGCGUCCUACGCGCUGGCACCGCAUACAAUCCACAGCUUAUUACUCCGCAAUAUUCAACUGGCCAAGACGAAUCUGGCGAUUCUCGAGACAUUCAUUGAAGGGCACAGAUGGGCGUGUGAUUGGAGAAAGCCGCGUGCCGGCACAACGGCGUUUGUGAGGUUUAAUAAAAUGGGUCGACCUGUGGACGAUGUCGCUUUUUGUAAGUUGCUGCAUGAGAAAAAGGGUGUGUUGGUUGUGCCGGGUAGUCGGUGUUUUGGUCACGAUUUCAAGGGUUAUGUGCGGUUUGGGUAUGUGUGCGAAACCGAGGUUUUGGAACAGGGGCUGGAGAAGUUGAGGGAAUUUAUGAAGGGGGAGUAUGUUGAUGAUGUUCCUUUGGCGAAAUGA